AUGGCCAGAACCCGCAAAGCUAAAGUAGAACCCAAAGCACCAGUGGCCAAGCGAGCAGCCGGCGCAAUUGCUCCUGCCACUCCCAUCAUCCCCCCAUCAGCCGCGUUGGUCUCGUCCAAGACAGUGAUCACUGAGAAGGACAUCUUCAACGCGUCGUCUUCGACCCAAGAAUUGGUCCUGCUCAUCAACACGUUGACCUCUACCUCCCAGGAUAAGCUCUUUGAUGACUACAGGGCCAAGACACAGAUGCAGCUUGACGAAAGCUACAGAAUAAUAGAAGAGCUCAACCAGGAGAUAGCAGCGAAGAAUGAAAUCAUCGAGCGCUUGAAGGUGUCGUCUUCUAAAAGUGCCUUGAAUCUCGACCAAACUCCAAGUAAACAGCCCCAGUCGUCGCAGAACCUCUACAAGUCGCCUAUCAGAAGAAAGAAGACCACCGACGUGGCGGACCUUAUCACGCAAGAUCAGUUGUCUAAGGAGUUGGACACCAUCGGAAUAACUUUGGAUAUGUUGGAAUUGUUGACAGGGUUGAGAAUAACGAACUACGAGGAGGAUGACAACAAAUUCUACUUUGACAUUUCACAGUCCUCAACCGCAGAAUCGUCUGAUGAAAAGAAGAAGAAGAACGGUGCAUCUGCUCCACCUGCGCCAGCUAGUGGCAAUUCGUUGACUAUUGUGUAUCGGUUAGUAAUCGCUAAAGAGUUCGACUCCACUGCAGAAAUAAACUACGUGCCUACGUUUUUAAAAGAGGGCAGCGACGACGACCACAUUGAACGACUCAAGGACAUAUUACCCGAGUACUUUUGCGAUAACUUAUCAUUCCCAUACAACACGCUAUCGCAGUUCUACACCAAAAUCAACCGAGCCCUAAACAAGGGAGUGAAAGCAUAG